AUGGCGUACAUCCAGUUGGAACCAUUAAACGAGGGUUUUCUUUCUAGAAUCUCUGAUCUGCUGCUGUGCAGAUGGACUUGCCGGCACUGCUGUCAGAAGUGCUACGAGUCCAGCUGUUGCCAGUCCAGUGAGGAUGAAGUUGAAAUUCUGGGACCUUUCCCUGCCCAGACUCCUCCCUGGCUGAUGGCCAGCCGGAGCAGUGACAAAGAUGGUGACUCUGUCCACACAGCCAGUGAUGUCCCACUGACCCCACGGACCAACUCCCCGGAUGGGAGACGCUCAUCCUCAGACACAUCCAAGUCCACGUACAGCCUGACCCGGAGGAUUUCAAGUCUAGAGUCAAGACGACCCAGCUCCCCACUCAUCGAUAUUAAACCCAUCGAGUUUGGGAUUCUCAGUGCCAAGAAGGAACCCAUCCAGCCUUCAGUGCUCAGACGGACCUAUACCCCGGAUGACUAUUUCAGGAAGUUUGAGCCCCGGCUCUACUCCCUUGACUCCAGCAGCGACGACGUGGACUCUCUAACAGACGAGGAGAUCUUAUCCAAGUACCAGUUGGGCAUGCUGCACUUCAGCACCCAGUACGACUUGCUGCACAAUCACCUCACAGUGAGGGUGAUCGAGGCCAGGGACCUGCCACCUCCUAUCUCCCAUGAUGGCUCUCGCCAGGACAUGGCACAUUCCAACCCUUAUGUCAAGAUCUGUCUCCUGCCAGACCAGAAAAACUCUAAGCAGACCGGGGUCAAGCGCAAGACCCAGAAGCCCGUGUUUGAGGAGCGCUACACCUUCGAGAUCCCCUUCCUAGAAGCCCAGAGGAGGACCCUGCUCCUCACUGUGGUGGAUUUUGAUAAGUUCUCCCGCCACUGUGUCAUUGGCAAAGUUUCUGUGCCUUUGUGUGAAGUUGACCUGGUGAAGGGCGGGCACUGGUGGAAGGCGCUGAUUCCCAGUUCUCAGAAUGAAGUGGAGUUGGGGGAGCUGCUUCUGUCACUGAAUUAUCUCCCAAGUGCUGGGAGACUAAAUGUUGACGUCAUUCGAGCCAAGCAACUUCUUCAGACAGAUGUGAGCCAAGGUUCAGACCCCUUUGUGAAAAUACAGCUGGUGCAUGGGCUCAAGCUUGUGAAAACCAAGAAGACAUCCUUUUUAAGAGGCACAAUAGAUCCUUUCUACAAUGAGUCCUUCAGCUUCAAAGUUCCCCAAGAAGAACUAGAAAAUGCUAGCCUAGUAUUUACAGUGUUCGGCCACAACAUGAAGAGCAGCAAUGACUUCAUUGGAAGGAUCGUCAUCGGCCAAUACUCUUCGGGCCCCUCUGAAUCCAACCACUGGCGACGGAUGCUCAACACCCACCGCACAGCCGUGGAGCAGUGGCACAGUCUGAGGUCGCGAGCCGAGUGUGACCGCGUGUCUCCUGCCUCCCUGGAGGUGACCUGA